AUGAAACUUGGAUUCAUUCUCUCUUCUUUGGCUUGCCCAUUGACAUUUGCAAGCGCCGCUCCGCGAGCUUUGCAGUUUGAUGAAGGCGUCGAACUUUACCAAGCAAAAAGCAACGGAUCUCCCGGCAGCAACGGAAAUGGACCUCCUGACCAUGUCUUCGAAAAGUUUCGAGCACGCAACCAUCUCAAGCCAGGUGCCAAUCCUUUUCUUCAGCAACUCGAUGCGGACGCCCCCAGUGUAGACGUUGGUGGUGAGACGGUUUCUUUGGACGACGGAGAUCUCGAAGAAGUGGAACUGUUUGCCAAGCAUGCUCGCCUGUUGGUCGAUGGCUCGUCCGUCUCGGGCUUACCAAAAGCCUUUCGCAGCAAGAGCGAUGAUUCCAUCGUGAUCACCAAGAGUUCCAACGGUGCAUUGGUUUCCGUGUCCAAGAAGGGAUCUGCCAAGGUUGUUCCCGUUGGACAUGACAACUACUAUGCUACGAUUGAAGCGGAUGAUGUAGAUGAAGACAGUGUGGGCGAUUUGUACUUUGAAGACCCUCCAACCAUUCCAGACCAACGCAGUCUUCGACGAGCGUUCCCAAGCAGUGGUGUCAAACAUCAGGGCAGCCGACAGCUCAACUCUUGCGCUUCAUUCAAGUACAUCGACAUCGGUGUUUAUGUUGAUUCCUACAUGUGCGAAAAUGAAGGCUCUGCCCAAGCCGCCUACAAUGCAGCCGCGGCCAUUGUUCAACAGGCUAGCCAGCACUAUGAGGAGAUCUGCUAUCAGCUUGUGAUUUCAGACAUGUUUGUCUAUUGCUCUGGUGAUAUCAUGCGGUCUAGCAUUGAUAGCUUGGGCAACUCUAUUUGUGAAGGUACUGUCCUUGAUGAUUUUAGGGGCUUUUUGAGGGACGGAAAUUCCAACAUCCCCAAUGGUGACAUUGUUCACCUGUUCAGUGGCAGAGACUAUCCCAAUAACUCCCGGUGCGUUGGACAAGCCUAUGUCGGAGCUGCCUGCGCUGGUAGUGGUUAUAGGACUGGAAUCAAUGAGAUGAGUGGAUGGACGACCAACGACAUUUUACUUGCCCACGAGAGUGGCCAUAACUUGGGAGCCCCUCAUGAAUCUGGGAUAAUGCAAGGUUCAAUCUGUGGUAGCUGUAGCUUCUCCUCAAGUUCUGAAGCAUCCAUUAACUCUUAUGUGGCUGGAGUGAGCUGCAUUUCAUCGAAUGCUCCCAAUGGACCUGAACCAACACCGCCACCAACUGAACCGCCAACAAGCCCUCCCACAAAUCCACCCACAGCACCUCCAACAAGCCCUCCCACAAAUCCACCCACAGCACCUCCAACAAAUCCCCCAACAGAACCACCAACUCCAUCCCCAACUGAGUCUCCGACAGAGCCUCCCACUCCAUCGCCAACUGACCCUCCAACAGAGAUGCCUACGGAUCCUCCCACAGAUCCUCCAACACCAGGGCCUCCCACUUCCUCUCCAACGGAUCCGCCCACCAAUGCCCCCACCCCAUCCCCUACGGAGCCCCCCACAGAACCACCCACUCCCUCCCCAACAGAGUCUCCAACAGAGCCUCCCACUCCAUUGCCAACUGACCCUCCAACAGAGCCUCCCACUCCAUCCCCUACAGAUCCACCCACACUGGAUCCAACUGAGGCACCAACCGACCCACCUACUCCUUUGCCUACAGAGUCUCCAACAGAACCACCUACUCCAUCUCCAACUGAGCCUCCAACAGAGUCCCCAACUCCAUCACCAACGAUUCCUUGUGGUGUCAACAAAGCUACUUGCAAUGCUGAUAGUGAGUGCUGUUCCGGAAAGUGUAAUCAAGGCACAUGUCGUGGAAAUCGAAGACGAUUGGGGGAACCAUUCUUUUAG